AUGGACGUCAGGGCCAGUCAGGGUGUGAAAGGACGAGAGCGGAGGAAGUCCGAGUCCCGCCCCGGAGUCAGCACCUUAAGGCCGCCGCCGCCUCCUGGCAGAGUUCUUGCGGCUGGCUAUGGGGCUCUGAUAGCCAUGGACGGCUACAAGGGCUUUCUGGGGCUGCUGGUGUCGUCGCUCCUCGUCGGCUUCCUGUCCGUGAUCUUCACCCUCAUCUGGGUCCUCCACUACCGGGAGGGACUCGGCUGGGAUGGGACCGCGCUCGAGUUUAACUGGCACCCGGUGCUCAUGGUCACUGGCUUCGUCUUCAUCCAGGGCAUCGCCAUCAUCGUCUACAGACUGCCAUGGACCUGGAAAUGCAGCAAGCUCCUGAUGAAGUCCAUCCACGCAGGGUUACACACUGUUGCCGCCAUUCUCGUAAUUAUCGCUCUGGUGUCUGUUUUUGAUUUCCACAAUGCCCUGAGUAUCCCCAACAUGUACAGUCUACACAGCUGGGUCGGACUGACAGUUGUCAUACUCUACAUCUUACAGCUUCUCCUAGGGAUUUUCAUCUUUCUGCUUCCUUGGGCUCCGCUUUCCCUCCGAGCAUUUGUCAUGCCCAUGCAUGUCUACUCUGGGCUCCUCAUCUUUGGAACGGUGAUUGCCGCGGUGCUUAUGGGAGUGACUGAGAAACUGUUCUUUGCCCUGAAUAGUUCUGGAUACAGUAAGUUCCCACCAGAAGGUGUUUUCACAAAUACCCUCGGCCUCCUGAUUGUGCUCUAUGGGGCGCUCAUUUUUUGGAUAGUCACCAGACCGCAAUGGCAACGUCCUAAAGAACCAAAUUCUGUCCUGCUUCAGCCAAACGGAGGCGGUCAAGAGGGAGCGGGAGGCUUAACCGUCAACUUUAGCAAUGUGGACACACCAGAUUCAAAAUUAAACCACGAAGCCUCAGCAAAGAAAAGAAACUUCACUGCUGAUGAGGUUGGCCAGAGAUCCACCAUGUAAAAUGUUGUAGAGAUGUGACCCGAUAACUUCACUUCU